AUGGUAGAUAUACAGCUGCGUCUACGUAUUCCACGUGGCGGCAAUCCAAUUCAUCCUGUUUUGACGCUAAUCGGCUUAGUGAUUCUUGGAGGCGAAGCAAUUAUAAGCUACAAAACGUUUCCACUUGAGCAACGAGUGAAGAAAUUGAUUCACCUUGUUCUCCACGCAAUUGCCAUCAUUCUUGGAAUCUGGGGAAUCGUUGCUGCUUUCAAGCACCAUAACGAGAAACACGUCCCAAAUCUCUACACUAUCCAUUCUUGGAUUGGUAUUGGUGUCAUGUCCUCUAUGGCCUCCAGCUUUAUAGUCUACUUCUACCCAAGAGGAUCUACAUCUCUCAGGAGCGAAUUCCUUCCGUGGCACGUGUUGCUCGGCAUCUUUGUUUAUGUUCUUGCUGUUGGAACCUCGGUUUUAGGGUUUCUUGAAAAGCUUACCUUUCUGGAAAAGUCAGGGCUUGACAAGUUUGGACCAGAAGCGUUUCUUGUGAACUUCAUGGCUAUUAUCACGGUUAUUUUUGGUACUUUGGUGCUACUCAUUGUUUCCUCUAAGCCUCCUCCUUCUUCCGAUGAGGAUAACUCUAGCUACUCAGCUAUACUACCUCUUCAAUCUUAA